AUGGAUCAGCUGUUGAAAAUUCUAGUUGAUACACCUCCAGAGUUACGACUUCAAAUCCUACAAGCAGCAGCACCAGUACUACAAGAACAAGAAAAAACGAAACAAGAAGAAGCGAAAGUAAAACAACUGGAUCGUGAAAUCGAAAAGAGAAGGAUUGAGGCACAGAUUGAAGCAGGAAAACAACUAAGAAUAUGUGGAGAUCAUGUCACAAUGUCAAGUGAACAUUUAGCUUCAAUGCUAGAUGGCCGAAAUUAUUACUCGACAUUUGUAGCAAUUAAUCUACGAGAAUUUAAUAUUCAACAUUUAUUAAAGAAUAAUAAUAAUGUUAAUGAUGAUAUGGUCAAAAUUUUUGAAAAUUAUUUUGAUCGUUCAAAAGUAGAAGAUGAUGCAACAGAGUCAGUUAUUCAAAAUGCAAUAGAUUAUUUAUUAAAAAAAUUAUUUGUUACAUUUGAUGAUUUUACAUCAUUAAAAUAUUUAAAUACUAGUCGUUUUAAUUAUUUAAAUUCAAAUACUUAUAACAAAUUAGAUAUGAAAAAUCCUGACGUUCCAAAUGGCAAAGCUCCUGAUUGUACAUUUAUAUAUAAAAAUAUUAAUAUUAGGAUUAAAGAUGGAGACAAUUGUUUGCAAGACUUUGUUGUUUGUCUUGGUGAAUUAAAAAGACCAGAAGAAUGUAUUAAUGAAGAUAAAUAUGUUGGACAAUUGUGCUAUUAUUUGGAUAGUGUAUUACAGGUACAAAAUCGUACUAAAGUUUAUGGUUUUAUAACAAAUCUUCGUGAAAUAAGAUUUUAUUAUGCUCUAAAAGACAAUACAAAAAAUUCGCCUGUCAUGACGUUUUACCGAAGUGAAACAUUACAAAUAUUUAAUAAACCAUCUACAUCAACACCGCCUGCUAAAAAAAAGAAAAAAUUAAAUCAACAAUCAAAACAAAGUGAUCUUAAUAAAAAUACAAUUGAAACAUUUAUUAAAUUUUUAAUGAUGGAUUUCAGUUUUUAUGAAUAUAAAAGAUUAAAUAUAAAGCCUAAUGAUUAUUUAUAUCAAGAUGAAUAUCGUAUAAAACAAAGAUUAGGAAGUGGUGCUACAUCAAUGGCUUAUUUAUUAGUUAAUAAAGACUAUCAUGAAAGUGAUAAUCAUUAUAUAUUUCAUGUAAUUAAAAUUUCUAGAACUCAUGAUAAUGAAAAACAUUUUAAAAAUGAAAUUGAAAUUUAUAAACAAUUAAAAACAAUUGAUUCAAAUAAUUUUAAUAAAUUUUUUUCAAAUAUUAUAGCAUCAUCACCUGAAAGUAAAUUUAUAAUAUUUGAAAAUUUUUUGACAUCUUUACAACCAAUAACAAUAAUGAAAGCACAACAAAUUAUUGAUAUUAUUCAAUAUUUAUAUAAAUUGAAUAUCCUUCAUCGUGAUGUACGUCCAGAUAAUUUGAUGUAUGAUAAAAGAAAUAAUCAUGUAAAAUUAAUUGAUUUUGGCUUUGCCAGAUUAUUUGAAACUAAUGAGAAUAAAAUAGAAUUACCAAUUGCAGGUACUACAUUAUUUGGCAGCAUUGAAUUUUUGGAAAAAUAUUUACAGAUAUUAGAACUCAAUCAAAUCCUUCAAACUUAUGAAUAUGAUAGAUAUUUUGAUUUAAAAUGCGCUAUUAAUACUAUAAUGUAUUUC